UGAGCCCCACGCUUCAUAAAAACUAUAAAACUAUCAUUUCGCGAAACUGUAUCACAGUGUGUGUUUGAACUAGAGCGUUGCCGCUGUGCGUAUCCGAAUUUGCCGCGAAAAUUACAUAGGUAUUGGCGCGAAAAGUUUUCAGUGAUUUUUUUGAGAUUUGGAAAACUACAAAUGGCGUUUUUCAAGGUACUCAGCAUAACAUUACUAGCAACUUUGGCACAUUGUGAGCCACCAGUCAACUAUUAUAAUGGAGGAUAUAAUAAUGGAUUAAAUCGACCGAAUAAUAAUUAUUUACCGCCAAAUCCAGGUUAUUCACCUCCUAAUACCUAUCUACCUCCGCACACAGGGUCUUACCAAGGGGCAGAUUAUAAUGGUCUAAACCAUAAUCAAGGUUACGACAAUGGUCACGGUCAGAAUCACGGUCACGGUCACGGUCAUGGGCACGGUGAUGACAAUGAAGUGCCAAAAGCCUACGAAUUCGGUUAUUCAGUGAAAGACGCGAAAUCAGGCAACGACUACGACAGACGAGAGAUGUCGGACGGUAAUGUGGUGAGAGGUGAAUACAGGGUGGUCCUACCCGAUGGGAGGACACAGAUUGUAUCAUACCACGCUGACUGGCAAACGGGUUACCACGCUGACGUGAGGUAUGAAGGAGAGGCGCAGUAUCCUGAAACUAAUACUAAUGUUUUGGGAUCAGGAUCCGGAUAUAACUACAAUGCGCCAGAAUUCGGCGGUUCGUUGACCGGUUUCCAUGGCAACGGGCAACAGCUACCCAAACCCUCGUAUGGGCCUCCCGCUUUUCAUUGAUUUCUAUAAAAAUGUCAAUAGAAUUGCUUAAUUUGUGUGUAAAAUAUAUAAAAAAAAAAUUCUCGAUUUUAUUCAAUUUUCAGUUUGGUUAAAAAUUAAAAUUGAGUGUUGCAGUGAUUGCAUACAAAAAAAACAGGAAAUUCAGGAUAUCUUUCAGAAUACUAUUUUCGUUUUAAACAUUUUUGGGUUGUAAAGAAUUUUAAAAGUUCAGUAAGAAAUAGUAUUAUUAUUUAGGUACGUAUUAUAAUUCAAAUA